AUGUCUUUAUCCCCGAUCGCACAAAUUCUUAGUACAAACAAACUAGUGGGUGAAAAUUACGUUGACUGGAAACGUAACCUUGAUAUCGUGUUGAUGGUAGGCAAGCACAAGCAUGUGCUCACCACCCCCUGUCCUCUUGAGUCGACUGAGGAGUCUACUCAAGAGGAGCGAGACGCAUACACUUCUUGGAUGCGUUCUGAUGAGAUUGCUAGGUGCUACAUUUUAGCAUCAAUUAGCAAUGUGUUGCAGCAGCAACAUCAGAACAUGUUGACGGCUGUAGAUAUGAUCUACAGCAUUGCUGAAAUGUUCGGCAGCCAGGGCCGUAAAGACAAGUAA